AUGAGGUUCGCCCAGAUCGCGUCUCUCCGAGGCCUUGGAGAGCUUAGCAACCGUGCAGGACCGCUGGGCGGUGGGGACGGCGCUCGCCGCACCCCCGCGCUGCCCUCCGCCCCCACGCCCCCGCCAGAGGUAGUGGCUGAGUCAUUCAUUGAAGGGCCGCCCGCGCGGUCGCUCGCAGUCCCAGACAGACACCAAGAUCCUUUCUGGUACCUGGACCCACACUGGGCCUUUCCUUCCAGGUUCAGCCUCCUCUACAGUCUUCCAGACCCAUGGGCUCCCCUACUCCUCUUCCCUCAUGUCCCCGACUUUGAGGAACUAAAUGCUGCCCUAGGCCCCUCUGAAGCCUGGCUGCGGGAGGCGAGCGGGCGCGGGCGCAACACAGCCGACAGGUUGGAGGGCCCCUACGGGUGGGGUUGGGGACAAGGUAGAGGGGACGUGGGUCCCUUAGCAGCUGCUGGAGCCAGAGCCAGAGGCGUACACAGAACCCUGAGCAGCACCUGCCUGAGCCCAGAUGGAGACGCAGCCACUUCGGAGGAGCAUCGAACAGAGGACGGACCUCAGAGUCCCCGCGGCUUUUCCUGGGAGCUCCUGCGCCAUCCUCCCAGGAAAGUGGGACGAAGGUGCUGGCGCUCCAGGAGACGCGCCCCCUCCUCCCCACCCCGCAGCGCGGUGACUCAGCCUCGCUGGCCCGGGUCUGCUGAGCUAGGGCGCCGGCGAAGAACAGACGCCCACCUGCCCGCUGCCCGGCCACAGCUCUCUCCCGACCCCCUUCCCCUCAUUCAGCGUGAGCGCCCCCGCCGCGCCCCGUCGGGCUGGUCCCUCUGCGCCCCCGACUUCCCGCCUCUGUGCGCUAGGAGCUGUCCUCUCAGGACCAGGCGGGGGCGGGGUCUUGGCCGGACAGCCCCGCCCCACCCCCAUCGACCUCCAUCCACCCACCCCCGCCGCCGCCGGAAGUGCCUCUCCACAGGGACAUCCUUGACGUCACAGGGUUUUGACGUCAAGAGCCGCGUGCCUGUCCGCGAGCUCUGGGGCGGAAAGAGGCCUGGAAACGCGGGGGAGGAAGAGCAGUGGCGCCCCCAGCUGCGGGAGAUGGAGCCACCACGCCCGGGCAGCGCGCCGGCACCUUGGCUCUAGACUGCUUACUGCCCGGGCCGCCCUCAGUAACAGUCUCCAGUCACGGCCACCGACGCCUGGCCCCGCCCCAGGACCGCGGACCCGGCCACCAGCCGCGCCCCCGGCCCAUCAGUCCCCCAGGGUCCCUCAGCCCCGCGCUUGCUACCCGCGCCGCCGCUGUCCGCGGUGCUGAUCCAGGGCCGGCACCUACAAUGGGCCAUCCCGUCCCCUGUCCCCAGGGGCUGCUGAGGGGCGGGCUGCCCACAGGCACAUCGCACAGCCCCAGGAGUCAGCGCCCAGUCCCUGCCGAGCACGCAGCCCCCUGCCCGCGCCGCCGCCCCCCACCCCC